UAUCCGAUCAUCGAGAAGAACAAAAGAAUCAACAAUGAGUAUUCCAUUUCCAUCAUCGAUUGAUUUGAGUUCAAAAGAUGAAACGAUUAUCACAGUUCAACAACUGAAAAUGCAAUUUCUCGGCACCAGAAAAGGGGAUCUGGACACCAUAGAAUCCUAUGUGAAAAUUUUUAAAUCAAUAGCCGAUUCUCUAUCCGCUAACGACAAUCCUUUAUCAGAUUCAGAUUUGGUACUGCAACUUCUCGCCGGUUUGCCGUCAUCUCAAUACUCGCCUUACCAGAAAAGAAUCUCAUCGCAGUUGCCUCUACCUGAUUUUUCAGGUGCUUGUUCUUUGCUUUACAUGUACGAAUCAUUAUUGCAAGAGCAAAAUGUAAAUCAUACUUCGGAAGAUGAAAAUUAUAGUAUUAAAGAAAUGUUUGAUAAGAUUGUUGGUGUGUUUUAUACGGUAAGUAGUGUGGUUGCAACAGUAACGGAUAUAUUGAGUAUGUUUGGAAGAACAUCUACAAUGGCAAGUACUACAGGAAACAGAAAAAAUACAAAAAGACGUAAUCGAGGAAGGGGGAGGAGGUAGAAAUUUGUUUCGAGUUUUCGAAUCUAAGAAGAUAUUAGAAGAUGUAAUCUAAGUAUUGGGUUGCUCUGUUCAAGAGUUUUUUGUUGUUGUUGUUGUGAUUUUUCAUUUUAUGUAAAGUAAGAGUGGAGUGUUUUACUAA